AUGCCGCUGUCGUCGUCGUCGUCAGCCUCGAGCUGUGCCGAGCGUUCGUACUACUCGAACUCGCCUGCUGCCAGCAUCUCUUCGUCCUCGGUAUGCUCGUCCAUGUCGUAUGCGCACUCGAGCGCCAUGUCGGCCACGCCUUCGCCGUAUGCAUCGCGCUCCACCAUCAGCGGUCGCACCACGCCCGACACGCCUCCCUCGGACCUCGACUCGACGCAGUGGGAAGACGCACGCUACUAUGGUGUUGACCUCAAGUCGGAGCUCAGCCCGUCGUCCACGGGCGCCUACAAGCUGCCGCACCAGACGGCUGCGCCCGCCUUUGCACAGCAUGCGUCGGCUGCCGACUCGUACCUGCAUCCGUACAGCUGGAGGUCGUAG